AUGACGAACAAUGCAUACGAAUUGGACCCCGAUUCUAAUGCUCCUCCUCCUCCCAAUCCACACAAAUCUGCAGUCACAACCGAUAAGAAGCAGAAGAGGGAGAUCGAAAGUGAGACUAGGCCAACCAGGUACAUUCCAAUCGAUAUUGUGGAGUCUCUAUUGACGUCGAUGAACCCCAAGGAUGCCAUGCGCCUUAGUGUAGCAUGCAAGGAUUGGAGGGCCACCGCCCCGAAAUUUGACCCGACGAUGUCGAAGACCCCAUGGCUAAUCACCACAGAGUACCAGAAUCUUACCUGCAGCCUGCGGAGCGUCGUAGACAAGGAAGUCACCUUCAAAAUCGAGUUACAUGGCUACCCAGUGACAAGGACCUUAUUCUGUAAUUGCUCGCACGGUUGGCUGGUUGUUAAUCCUUCCAACCACAGCCGGAUGCUCUUGCUGAAUCCCUUCUCUAGGGCGUGGUUGCAACUCCCACCUUGUUUGCUUGAACCCAACUUUUUCCUAUGCAUGUCAUCAGCUCCGUCGAACCCAGAUUGUGUCCUUCUUGCACGUGACUUCAUCAAUCAACUGUAUGUUUGGAGGCCGGGAGACCAGCUCUGGACCUUCGAGAAAGACAGGGUCGAACUUUUCGAUACGAUUAUUAGCUUCGAGGGGCAAUUCUACACAUGGAAUAACCAUAUUGGGUGCUUAACGAUCUUCCGAGUUCUUCCUCUUCGGCUCAGGAAGCUAAUGUUGCCAUGUCCCAUCGAUCGUUCAGACUAUUUUAAUAGUAUCACGUCAUUGGUUGAGUGUGGCGGAAACAUAUUGUUGGUCUACGUAAUGGAGCAUGCCGAUGAAUCCCUGGUCGUCAUCUUAUUUCAACUAGAUCUAGAGAAAAAGAUGUGGAUCAAGUUGGAGAGCUUGGGAGAUCGAGCACUGUUCAUGAACAUUCCUUUUAAGCAUGCAUUUUCGGUCUUGGCUAGUGAAGCUAGAUGUUGUGCUAACUGUAUCUAUUUCACUCAUUUCUGGCAACUAUCUUCACAUGUUGAAUUCAUUUCCUACAACAUGGAUAGCCAUAGCAUCGAAAGAUUUCCCAAACUUGUCAAACACGGACGACAACAAUAUACUUAUAGCCAGUUCUGGAUCACCCCAAACUUGAGUUGA